AUGAACGAGAGUAUAAACGUGCAAAUUACGCAGAAAGAGACUGAAAUCGCUGACAUCGAUUGUAAGAUAAAUACAAACAGAGAGAAGCUAAAGCGACUACGAGAAACUGUUGACGCUGAUAUCUACGAAAUGCCACUUGAUGAGCUUCUGAAAAUUAACGCCGCUUCUCGUGAAGAAAUUGACAUUCUCAGCAAUAUUCUUCGUUCUCCUAGCGAAACCGACGUUCCAAAACCAACUCGUAGAAGCGAAGGCUCUCCAGCAUCAUCUGGAGAUAAUAAUCCAAUCCUGAAGAAAUACGCGUCGAUGUCUGACUCAAAAUCACCUGGCUGCAAAAAGAAAUUCCCAAAGAUUUUUUCUAAAAAGCCCUGGAAAUCAGCAGAGGAAAAAGGAUCACGAAGAAAAUCGGCAGAAGAACGACCUGCAGAACAAUACUUUGUAUAA